CGCCCCCCCUGGCGGCCACGCGGCGCCGUUGGACGCGGCUGCCCCGCCCCCUCCGACAGGAACCAAUGGGGGGCCGAGGUUCCGCCCCCUGAGCCACAGCCUCGGCGAGUAUUUAGCCGGGUGACAAGGAAAGUACCGGGAGAGCGAGGGGAGCCCGGGAAGGGAGUGCCGAGCGGGGCGCGGCCCCACCUUGCUGCCUGGAAGCUGGAGAGCAGGAGCAGCCGGCCGAGCGGGGCGGAGCCCGCGUCCUAGCUUCCCGGCCAUGACCCAUCCGGCACCGCGCACGUCGAGCCAGAGCAGAAGGGGGUGAGUCCCGGAUCCGAGCCCUGCACAGGAGCUGCCCUGCCCCAUCCCUGGUGGCCACCGCCAUGGCCUGGCUGAUGCUGCUGGGCGCACUGCUGUGCAUGCUGCGCGUCGGGUUAGGCACCCCGGACUACUCCGAUGCCCCUGUGUCCCCUAAGCCCCACAACUGCCCUGAUCAAUGUGUCUGCGCGGCCGACCUGCUGAGCUGUGCAGGCCUUGGGCUGCAGGACGUGCCGGCCGCGUUACCCGUCGCUGCUGCGGACCUUGACCUGAGCCACAACGCGCUCCAGCGCCUGCACCCCGGCUGGUUGGCGCCCCUCUCCCGGCUGCGCGCGCUGCGCCUAGGCCACAACGAGCUGGGUGCGCUGGGUCGCGGUGUCUUCUCCAACGCCAGCGGUCUGAGGCUGCUCGACCUAUCAUCUAAUGCUCUGCGGGCGCUUGGCCGCCACGACCUCGACGGGCUGGGGGCGCUCGAGAUGCUGCUUCUGUUCAAUAACCGCCUGGCCCACUUGGAUGAGCACGCCUUUCACGGCCUGGGAGCGCUCAGGAGGCUCUACCUGGGCUGCAACGAACUCGCGUUCUUCUCUUUCAACCACCUGCACGGUCUGGGCACCGCCCGCCUGCGCACUCUGGACCUCUCUUCCAACCAGCUGGGGCACAUCCUAGUGCCCGAGCUGGCGGCGCUGCCGGCCUUUCUCAAGAACGGCCUCUACUUGCACAACAACCCCUUGCCCUGCGACUGCCGCCUCUACCACCUGCUGCUGCGCUGGCAUCAGCGGGGCCUGAGCGCCGUGCGGGACUUUGCGCGGGACUACAUGUGCCUGGCUUUCAAGGUACCAGCAUCCCGCGUGCGCUUCUUCGAGCACGCCCGAGUCUUUGAGAACUGCUCAGUUGCCACUGCCCGUGGCUUGGAGCGGCCAGAAGAACAGCUGCACGUGCAAGUGGGCCAGUCCCUGCGGCUGCACUGCAAUGCCAGUGCCCCAGCCGUUGGCACUGCCUGGGUCUCCCCACAGCAUGAGCUGCUUCUGGCGCCAGGAUCCCGAGAUGGUAGCAUUGAGCUGCUGGCUGAUGGCAGCUUGGCCAUUGAAAAUGUGCAGCCGCAGCACCAGGGCAUCUUCGUGUGCCUGGCCACUGGGCCUCGCCUGCACAACCAGACACAUGAAUACAACGUGAGCGUGCACCAUCCUCGCCCUGAGCCCGAGGUCUUCAGUACAAGCUACACCACGCUGCUGGGCUGUGCCGUGGGCCUGGUGCUGGUGCUGCUCUACCUGUUCAUGCCACCUUGCCGUGGCUGCUGCCGUGGCUGCUGCCGCUGCUGUCGCCAAGCCUGCUGCUGCCGUCACUGGUCACGAGCACCCAGCCCUCUCCAGGACCUCAGUGCACAGUCCUCGGAGCUCAGCACCACAUCACCAGAUGCACCCAGUCGCAAGGCCAGCACCCACAAGCACGUAGUCUUUCUGGAGCCAGGCAGGAGGGGCCUCAAUGGCCGUGUGCAGCUGGCCAUAGCUGAGGACUUUGACCUCUGCAACCUUGGGGGCCUGCAGUUCAAGGUCAGCUCAGAGUCUGCUAGCUCUACAGGCUCUGAGGGUCCGGUGAUGACCUAGGCUGCCCAGAGUCCCCCUACCCAGGCCACCACCCUGCCUGCUGCUUGCCCUGCUCCCUGCUGCAGUCCAGAUAACUGCCAGAUGCUGAUGGGAAGCCCUGACCUGGCCUCACAACCUACUGGGUUGGCCUUGGCCUGAACCACAAGGGCUCUGCUCCUUGGUGGAGGGCUGGAGUCCCCAGCCUUCUCCUGCUCUGCCUCAGCAAAGGACUUAAAGGCCCCGGGCCCUAGCAGGGCCUUUUUGUGCCCGCUGCCCCAUCAGGAUUGGGGGCUGAGGCUCAUCUAGAAGAACGUUUGCACUGGAGCCCCAGCAGUUGUCAAGGGGUGGCACCGAAGAGCUGAGGCAUAACCACCUUCCCCUUCCCAAGGGCGUAGGAGGGAGUGGGCCGCAGAGAACUAGGAGGAAGCUCCGAAGGAAGACCUCUUGGGAAAUAGGACUCCCUGUCCGCCAACUUCCAACCUACUUAAAGCUUCACAACUCAACCCACAGUCUGGUAGGCAGGCACAGUUCCUGGCUUAAGUCCCAGAAAGACUGGUCCUGCUCUCUGGCCAGGGGCAUCUAGAGGCCGUUGAGUGUAGGGCCCACCCCAUGGCUGCAACUCACAAGGCAGUGCUGAGGGGCACCAUGACCUGUGACCCCAGCUUUUCAGCAGCAAAAAGCCUGCCAGGCAUAGCCAAGCUGGGAGGGGAACUUGCUGAGCCGGAACUUGCUGUCCCUCGAGGGCAGUAGCCUCUUAAGGGCUGGCGCUGGUCUCAGCCUAAUGACUGAGGUGGCGCCCUGCCUUCAUGCAUCUCACCACCCCCACUGCAGGGGGCUGAGCUGGGCCCCUGUGGGUGUCCUGGACCCAGCUUGUCAAGAAGUUUCUCAAUAAAGGCAGGAUAUGCCCAUGGCUGGAGCCUUCGCAGAUGCAGAUACCAGCGUAUGUGUGUUCACCUUUUAGCUCCCACAGUGCCACCAGGCCCCGCUCAGCCAUCGCAGGGUGACCUGAGAGUCCUAGCUCCCCUGCCUCUGCCUGAGGCAUGGCCACAGCCAGUGGCUCUGACCAUGGACCAGGAUACCUUGUCCUGCUGGGGUCCCUGAUGCGU